AUGUCAAAAAUUAAAUUAGAUCCACGGGUCAUUGGAGACGUACUUUUACUUCUGGGUGCAUCUUUUUCAGCAUAUUAUAUGCUGAGUUAUGUGGUGAACCAACUAAGUGUAUCACCCUCAGACGAAACUAAGGGUGGUGAAGCAGCACGGAGGCGAGCCAAUGCUGUUCUUUCAAGAUUACAAGCAGCACGACCUGAUCUGUUAACAGGAGGAAAAGGAGGUGGAGUAGGAGACACAGGGGUUGUUGAAUUUGAUCGAUAUGAACAGACGAUUCUGGCCAAUGUGGUGAUGCCAGAUGAAAUCAAGGUGGGAUUUAAAGAUAUUGGUGGACUUGAGGGUAUUGUGGAGGAACUCCAUGAAAGCGUUUUGUAUCCUUUAACAUGUCCGGAACUUUACAACUACCAUUCGACAUUAUUAAAAGCACCUAAAGGUGUAUUACUAUAUGGGCCUCCUGGAUGCGGCAAGACGAUGCUUGCAAAGGCAAUUGCUGCAGAAAGUUCUGCUAUUUUUAUCAACAUUCGAAUGUCAACUAUUAUGGACAAGUGGUUUGGCGAGAGUAACAAACUGGUAUCUGCGAUUUUUUCAGUUGCACGCAAGUUGCAGCCGUGCAUUGUAUUUAUCGACGAGAUUGACUCGUUUCUGCGUGCACGGCAAUCAUCAGAUCAUGAAGUGACUGCAAAUCUUAAGACUGAAUUUAUGACACUAUGGGAUGGUUUAACAUCUGAUGGUCAAGUGAUGGUAUUAGGAGCUACUAAUCGGCCAAAUGAUAUUGAUGAUGCGAUUUUAAGACGUAUGCCUAAAAGAUUCCCCGUACCGUUACCUAAUAAGGCACAACGUCGUCGUAUUUUGGAAAUCACACUUAAGGAUGCACGUCUGGAUCCGGCAUUUGAUAUGGAGCGUGUGGUGAGUGCGACUGCAGGAAUGAGUGGAUCAGAUAUUAGUGAGGCGUGUCGGAAUGCAGCUUGGGCAGCUACACGGGAGACAAUUCGGCGGACGAUUGCAUUAAGAGAACAGCGGGCGAGGCGAGGUGAAAAGGAAGAUGGAGAUGGAAAUGGAGAUAGAGAAGAUGGAGAAGAAGAGGGAGAAGAACAUGAAGAAAUGAGAAGAGGCCGACCUAUUAGAACGGAGGAUUUUUUUGUGAAGACAGCAGCAGAGUCCGGGUUGCCACGUAAUGUUGUGGGAGAAGUUCCGGCACCAGUGGACGAUGAAGAUGAGACACCGAUAUCUGCUAUGAUUGAUUGA